AUGGACCUGUCCCUUGCUGAAGAGACCACAACCACCACCUCUACCGCCUUCACCUUCGCCUCCUCCUCCUCGACUUCUCCUUCCUCCCCUCAAGAACAACACGAUCAACAACCAGCAGAAGAAUCAAUUCUCACAGGAGCCGCUGCAGCUGCUGGCUCUGUUGGUACGUCCAUGGAUUUCUUCUUCCACGGCGCACUCGACCAGCUCCAAGGUGCAACCGAGCUCGAUGUCCAGCUUAACCCGCUUCUCAUGAACAGAGUUACCCAGCUCUGUCUGACAAAGAUAAGCAUCGCUUCCUCCGGACGAGAAUCUCUCCGCCGUGUCGCCCAGUUGUCAUGUUUCUGGCGUCGUCUUCAAUCAGAUAUGUUCUUCAUGCCGCUUCAGUCCGCACCACAGGCAGCCACCUCCCUCGACCCAAGCAACAUGUUUGCCACCCCCACCUCAGAACCCUUUGCCAUCUGGAACUGGCUUCAAGAUACCACGGGCCUCGAGCUCGAUUAUUUCAACCUGGGAAACGAGGCCAACAUGACCUCAACCGGGACCACUGGUUACACCACCCUCCUCAAUGAUCCUAACAGCGACCUCUCCUCCCCCUCGUUUUCCUCGACUGUAUCAUCAUCAUCAUCUCCGUUGCCAUCAGGCCAGCCCUUGUCCUCGCCCUCUUCAGAGUUCCCUAUCAUCUCAGCCAAUCUCUAUACCAACAACAGCAACAACAACUCUAUGGACUACUCAAGUACUAGUGCGACGGCAGCAUCCAUCAUGGCGUACACAGACUUCCCCGGCUGCAACAGUCCAAGUAGUAGUAGCAUCCAAACCUGUCAGCCGAUCGUCUCAUCCGCCGCACUUGCAGUCUCGGAUGCCCUUGCCUUCCAGUUGGCAUCUUUCCAAUCGCAAUCGGUUACACCUAUUUCGGGUGCAGUCGGCAACAGCACUUCAAUAUUGUCGCCCUCGCCCUAUACCAUUUCUACCGCAUCAGAGACCAGCCCAUCUGGCAGAGUCGACUCGUUCCUUCAAGGACUAGAGGGAAGACAAGAGUCGUCGUCAAGUCAGACCACAUCAUCCCAGUUGAACCUGCCACCCCAAAGCUACGCGGAGAAAUUCUCGAAGUCGAAUGACAUAUCACCUCAGGACGAAAUGGGAUCGUCUCCUGAAAAGACCGAGAUGGAUAUCGACAAGAGCUCUUAUACGGGUACCAGCAACAACCACAACCACCAGCAACACCGUAUUGACGUUGACGACAGCCUCUCUGGUCGUCAUGUAAUGGUGCCCAUGGCAGCUUCUUCAGAACAAGGCAAUGUCAACCAUGAUGAUGAUACUCAGGAUGUAAGUGCUAUGGAUGUCGACCGAGCGAUCCAAGAGAUGGCGCUGCACUCUGCUCCAUCAUCCCCAUCCAAGGGUCACCACUACGAUACCCGUCAGCAACGUUCCGCACGCUUUGCCACCAGCCCAUCACCAGAAGACGCCGAAUUAGGAUUCCUUUCUGAUGCCCCCUCGCCGUCUUUGCCAAUGUCGUUCACUGCGCGUUUGGUCUCUGUAUUGCAGGAUGAAGAUUUGGAGAUGGAGGAAGAAGAGUUGGAGCUCCACCGUAUCAAGCGCCGUCGUUGCAGCGAAGACUCGUCCUCAUCUGACUCUGGUCCAGAAUCCGCACCAACAUCGCCCAGAACCCCCCCAUCCAACCUGGAGGGUGGUCAAAGUGGUGAAGCCCCACUGCACCCUGAGAACUGUCUCCCACAUGCCGCCGUCCCUGGUCUCUCUGCGAGACGACUGUACAACCUUCACCCUGAGGGAGAUGAACACGAGUCUGGAAGCAACAAUGGGGGCAGUACCAACCCGUUCUUGAGCUCGCCCAUGACAGAUUACAUGUUACAGGAUUCAGGGAUGAUGAGCAAAGACCAGCAUCAUCGCUUCCUUGCUUCUGCCUCGGGUAGCAAUUCGAUCUCCACUGGUGCUGGUGCAGCCACAGGGACCACGGCCACGGCCACAUUGACUACAGGACACGGAGGAGCGACAAUGACCAGUGUUGCUGGAGGAGCAGGAUCUGUCGCUGUUGUCGUGGUUGAGGAUCUACUGAACCUUAACCGUCAAGGAGAAGGAGAAGGCCAAGUCGGGAUCCUCGCUACCACCGUCCACACCCGAUACCCAACCCGUUCAACAACUCAACGUCGUGUCAUCUAA